UAAAUUGGAAGUGCCCCAUCUGCCUGCCGAGCGUGCCUGCGGAGUAGAGAUAAACGGGGAGGGUAAGGAGAGCAAAACAUAGACGUUCUGUCUGUCUGAUCUGUAGGGGAAUAUAUAUAGUGCUGCCAUUGCCGUUAUCAGAGCCAAUAGCAUGCCGGCUCUGACUGAGGGGCACCUAUCGCCAGCUCUGAUUGGGAGGCACCUAUCUGCACCCCAACAGCAGGAUUCAGGGGGGAACUAAGGUCACUGUUGUGCCCCUUCUUCAUGCACUCAGAACCCCCGGAGGUGGUAUCUCUUCAUUUGGAGAACAUGUCUGAGAACCCCCUUCCUGAUGCCCAGAUCCUCCCUGCCACUGCCCGUGACUACAAGGAGGUGAUGUCCAUCUCAAAAGGAAUAUACUGUGGGGCGGAUCCUCUGCCGUCCAGGUACCACGAGUGGUUGGCUGAUCCUAAGCGGGAGAUGUUCGUGGCCAAGUCUGAGGGAAAAGUGGUCGGGUUCAUGUCCUUCCUGCUGGUGGAUGAUGGUACAACGGCUGUGGCUGAAGCUCUCCGUGUUGCCCCCUGGAUGAGAGGCCGUGGGAUAGCCGGGGCAAUUCAGCAGUUCUCUCUCGACUUCCUGCGCUCUAACUACCCAGGGGCCACAAGAAUUCGCUUUUCAGGGACGAGCGAAACUCCACCCACAAUAAUGAGCCGAUGCCGAAAAGUUCAUUCGAAGAGUCUUAUCUCAGUGGUAAUUCCCUAUGAGCAGAUGGAGGAAAAGAUCAAAUUGCUGGAGGGCCGACUGGAGGGUGUAGGUGGGAGAAGACUUCCUGUGGCCCUGAGUCCUUCUGAGGUUCUACGUCUGUUUGAGGAUCCCUGCACUACGGAGAGGCUGCUUCCCAAGGGGCUUCUCAUCCAGAGUUGGUUUCCCCUUUCCACCCACAGGUCCAACCUAGAGUUAUUACGCCAACGGGGAGUUGUCUGGCUCUAUUCCCAACCCUCUGCUUCCAUUAGUGAGAUCUGUACUGGCACCCAUGAUUCUCCCUAUACACCCCAAGAGCCUUCUGCACCCAUUCCACUGUCCCUUCCCAUCUCAUCUAGUCUCCCCAAUCCCUCGAUUGUCUCUCACACCUCCUGUGGGUUCCUCAGCUUGGGCACCCCUCCCUUCCCGGUGCCCCUAGGAGACGGUAUGUGCCGGUUUGACAUUGACCUGUUUGGAACUGAUCCUGUAUCUGCACAAUCCCAUGUCCUACACCAGCUGAUUGAGAUGCAGCGAGUGCUGCCAGCAGGGGGCGGUGCUGUUUGCUACUUGUUUGCUGAAACCAGUCUGUUCCCUGAGCUAAAUCAGUUUUGCCAGGGGUUAGAGCCUUUCUAUAAAGUAAUAGAACAACACGUGUUAGAGAUAGAGGUAUAAUUCCCAAUAAUACAAUCAAUAAACUCCAACUGGGGAGCCCAAACCUCCAGGUAGCCUGUCUGUGCUACAAGCCGCAAACAUAAGCCUAGACCCUCGCACACUUGGGCCCCUGUAUUGUACUUAUAGUCAGUGCCACCAUCAGAAAUUAUGGGGCCCCUCACAACAAAAUUUUCUGCGCCCCCCCUCCCACGCCCUGCCCCCAAAUGGCCCCUCC